UAUACCAAGUAAUACUCAAUUAAAAUUCUCUCUCAAGUUUUCUUGUUCUCUACUCCUUAAUAAUCAAACAAGAAACAUACAUACACACACAAAAACUGUAUGGUCUAAAAGGUCACAAGAAAAUUGAUAAAAAAUUCCCAACCAUGUUGUUCUUAUGUUUGAAGGAAAUGUCAAAAAAAGCCUUAAUAACAUCAAUUUGUGUUCUUGUUUUUUCCUCUGUUGUUGUAGUCUCUACUCCUCCAGAGGAUCCAAUCAAAUGUUCUUCACAGAACACAACUUGCACAAUAACAAAUUCCUAUGGAAUGUUCCCUGACAGAACAACAUGUCAAGCAUCUCAAGUUUUGUAUCCAACAACAGAACAAGAGUUAGUUUCAAUUGUUUCAUCAGCAACUAGAAAAAAUUCCAAAAUCAAAGUUGCUACACAUUAUUCACACAGCAUUCCUAAAUUGGUUUGUCCUGAGGGACAAAAAGGGUUAUUAAUAAGCACAAAAUAUUUGAACAAGAUUGUGAAGAUUGAUGUGGAAGAAAAAUUGAUAACAGUUGAAAGUGGUGUGACAUUGAAAGAACUCAUCAAAGAAGCUUCUAAAGUUGGUUUGGUUUUGCCAUAUACACCAUAUUGGUUUGGUUUGACAAUUGGUGGAUUAUUGGGAACUGGUGCUCAUGGAAGUACAUUGUGGGGGAAAGGAAGUGCUGUUCAUGAUUAUGUUGUUGAGAUUAAGAUUGUUAGGCCUUCAAAUUUUGUUGAUGGAUAUGCUAAAGUUGAGAUUCUUGAUGAACAAAAUGAAGAUCUUAAUGCAGCUAAAGUUUCACUUGGUGUGCUUGGUGUUAUUUCACAGAUUACUCUAAAACUAGAACCAAUGUUCAAGCGAUCCAUAAGUUAUUUGGCAAAAAAUGAUUCGGAUUUGGGAGAGAAAGUGGUUAUUUUUGGACAUGAACAUGAGUUUGGGGAUAUAACGUGGUACCCAAGUCAAAGGAAAGCUAUUUAUCGUGUUGAUGAUCGUGUCCCAAUUAAUUCAUCUGGCAAUGGUCUCUAUGAUUUCAUCCCUUUUCGUCCAACUCCUUCAAUUGCACUCUCUAUCAUAAGAACCACAGAGGAUCUUCAUGAAUCCACUAGUGAUGCUGAUGGAAAGUGCAGAGUUGCAAAGUUAACAACGGAUACUCUCAUUACCUCUGCUUAUGGGCUUACCAACAAUGGUAUAAUCUUUACUGGGUACCCUGUAAUUGGAUUUCAAAAUCGUCUUCAAUCAUCUGGGUCAUGCUUAGAUAGUCUUAAAGAUGCAAAAAUAACAGCAUGUGCUUGGGACUCAAGUAUAAAAGGAGAGUUUUUUCACCAAACCACAUUUAGAAUUAGUUUAUCUAAAGUGAAAAACUUUAUUGAAGAUGUGCAAAAGUUAGUUGAAUUAGAGCCAAAAGGGUUAUGUGGCAUAGAGCAAUAUAAUGGAAUUCUAAUGCGCUAUGUCACAUCUUCAAGUGCUUACUUAGGGAACCAAGAGGAUGCAUUAGACUUUGAUUUUACAUAUUAUCGUAGUAAGGAUCCAAUGAGUCCUAGACUUUAUGAAGAUAUUCUUGAAGAGAUUGAACAAAUUGGGAUUUUUAAAUAUGGAGGGUUACCUCAUUGGGGUAAGAAUAGGAAUUUGGCAUUUGAAGGGGUUAUUAAGAAGUACAAAAAUGUAGACAAGUUUUUGAAGGUUAAAGAUAGAUAUGAUUCACAAGGGCUUUUCUCUAGUACAUGGACGGAUCAAAUGCUUGGAUUAAAAGAAGGUGUUACAAUAUUGAAAAAUGGGUGUGCAUUAGAAGGUUUGUGCAUUUGUUCACAAGAUAGUCAUUGCAAUCCAAGUAAAGGUUACUUUUGUAGACAAGGGAAAGUCUAUAAGGAGGCAAGGGUUUGUACUCAUGUGUGAUUUCAAAUAUUGUCAUAUUAAGGUUUAGUAUUGAUCAAUAACAUUUUCUAAAAUAACUUUAUAAAAAAAUGACAAUACAUAUACCUAAUAAUAUCUAUUUCAAAAAAAUAUACCGAAUAGUUUAUAUAUGUAAUUAUUAUUUAUACAUCAUUAAUUACUAUGUUUUACCUUAUUCAACAUAUUUUAAUGGCUUUACUGAAAGAAAAAAA